UAUCAACAAAAUUUUUUGAGAAUUGAUUAAAGCUAUAGACCAUUUUUCAGUUGCUUUGAUAACAACGCAAGCUUCGAUAGACAAAGUGGAGUGAUUUACUUUCAAAUCAAGAGGCAAAAUGUUUUUCCAGAUAUUCCUUACAUUUACGACUUGCAUAUUAUUUUAUUGUAUUUCCUAUAAAAAACGAAAUGCUCGUCUACCACCAGGUCCCGUUCGAUGGCCAAUUUUGGGAAGUCUUAUCCAAUUACAUCAAGCUGAUUCGGAAUACGUGCAUAUAGCUCUGGCGAAACUGGCAAAGCAAUAUGGAGAUAUUAUGAGUUUUGGAUUUGGCAUGCAGACUGCUGUGGUUAUCUCAUCUUUUGAAACAAUGAAAAAUGUUUUUCAACGAGCAGACACCAAUUCACAUCGCUUUGAGUUUUCCUAUGUUUUCGAUAGAAAUUACGGAAAGAAUCUUGGAAUACUUUGGUCUCAUGGAGAUACUUGGGUAAACGUUAGAACGCUUACAAAAAAAGUUCUGAAGGAAUUUGGUUAUGGCAAAUCUAGAAUAAUGGACGUCUCACUGGUUGAUUCGGCGAGUCAGCUAAUCGACGGCAUCAAAAUCGAAUUGCUAGAUGCUAUUGAGGGUAUAUUCAUCGUUGAAUCACACAAAUUUUCAAUUCAUGUAGUGAAUGUGCUGUGGAAUUUGAUUGGUGGCUACAAAUUCAAUCCGAACGAUGAACUUAUAAAAAGGAAUAUGGAAUGUGCACAUAAAAUCAUCGAUGUUCUCAGUCACCGAAAUCCGUACAAUGUGCUUCCGUUCCUAAAAAGUUGGUUUCCGAACUACGUUCACCAUCCGGAACACUUGAAACUUCAUAAAGAAAUCCACGAUUUCACAAAAAUGCUUAUUAAUGAUGCGAAAGAAAAGCGGAGCCAACGGCUACAGUCAGAACCAACAUCUUUUAUUGAAGUUUUUAUGGACAAAAUUGAAGACCAUCGUGGAGAUGCAAAAACGAUUUUUACAAAUGAACAAUUGGAAAUAAUUCUGGAAGAUUUAUUUCUUGCUGGUCUGGAAACAACAGGAACGUUUCUGGCAUGGGCUGUAUUAUUUCUGGUACAAAAUCCGGAUGUGCAACGACAACUUCGUCAUGAUAUUCUCGCGAAAAAUAUGAAACGAACCGAAGACUUACAGUCGCUUGAGUUAAAAAAAUUACCAUAUUUGAAAGCGACGGUGCUCGAAACUCUCCGUGUGGGAAAUGUUAUUCCUCUACCCCUUCCGAGAUUUAACACACAAGAUAUUGAGAUAAGGGAAUACACAAUUCCUAAGGGCUCAAUUCUAUUCUACAAUUUGUACGCUAUGUACAACGAUGAAAAAUAUUGGACCGAUCCCGGAAUUUUCAGACCAGAUCGGUUUUUACAGGAAAAUGGAGACAUUGACAUACCUAAAUCCGAACGAAUAUUGAAUUCCGUAAUGGGCACUGGACCUAGAAUUUGUUUCGGAGAGUCUCUAGCGAUUGAUUCGCUUUUCGUUUUCUUGGGAGCACUAAUUAUCAAUUUUAAAUUUGAAGCCAUACCUGGUCGGGAGCCAUCAAAGGAAAAUCCAGAUUCUGUGUUCUGCAUAGGUCCUCGCAAGUAUUGCAUGAAGAUUACACCUGAACUGUAACUAAUGAAUAAAAUGUGUUUGGAAUUAGAUUUUAAAAUUAUUCCACGACACCGCUCGAAAAUGUAUAUAAUCAGUUUUGUAAAAAAUAAAUAAAAG